AUGGCGAGUGAUCCGAGCUCUAAUGUGACGUUUUUACCUGGCUUGACACCAGCCACCAUGUCACCGACUGAAAAGUUGACACAGCAGGAAGAUGUAGCUGAGAUUAAGAAACCCAUGCGUAAAGCAAAAUUAAUAUUUGCUGUUGCCAAGAAUGUUGUCAAUGCGUCAAAUGCCGCUCUGUUAAAGAAGCACGAUUCCGUUGUCGAUAGUAGCCCCGAAAUAUCAACAAAGGGAGGGACUGGGAGUAGGCGAAGCGUGUUUGGAGUCGUGAAACGAGCUCAAGCAGACAAACCGGAGUUAAAAGCAGUGCCGAGUUUUCAACGACGAAAUCCAUUGACAGAGAUUCGUGAGGUGACGCAACAGCCAACGAAUCAGGAAACACAAGAAGAAUUAUCUAAACUCUCCUUUGGAUCUAUUGAGACCGAUGGUAGAGCUAGGUUAGGUCAAAACUUAGUGGAUGACGUGAGAGAAACUCUAGAAAAAUUGCUGACAGAGUUAGAUAACGUGGAUCCUCGCAAACUUCUAGCUGUGCGUCUUGGAGCUGAGCUUCGAGGUCUCUUGGGCAAAGCUCAAGACGAGUUUGCAGCAUAUGAGACUGAAUUUGUGGAACAUGUAUCAAAUGAAGGCGUUUACAUAGCCUUGCAAAAUUUUUCAGCCUCCUUAACACAAGUGUUUGCUGUUGCUGGGCGACUACGCGUUGCAAAGUUCAUGCUAAAUCGAUCCUUCAAAAGCGAAGUGUUGUUUGCUUUCCAGGAGAUAAAUUCAUACUACACGUCUUUAUUUAUGGAGUUGUCUAUAGCGAUAGCAAGGCGGUCCGAUGUUGAUUUGCAGUUGCCUUUACCCAUGACGCCACCUCCAUUACUGGAAUCAAAGGCACCAGUUUUGACUGGAGACGAAAUUUGUAUACAAGCUCACCAGCACUUCUUUGGACAUGGAAAGAUAAAAAAUCUUCGCAAAGCUCUAGAGCUUUAUGAGCAAGCUGCCAUGUCUGAUUGUACAAUAGCCAUGACCUGCUUGGGACAAAUGCAUUUUGCUGGAAACGGAACGGAAAAAGACCUGCUCGUCGCGGAAAAAUGGUUUGAACUUGCUUCAUGUGCAGGUGAUAUUGAGGCUUGUUAUCAAAUGGGACUUUUGAUGUGCGAGAAAGCAGCAUAUACAAAAGACACGCAACAGUCGAGUGAGUUUCUCGCCAUCGCUCGAAUUCGCUACGCCCAAGCCGCUGGACAAGGUCAUCGCGACGCCCAAUACGAACUCGGGGUUUUCCAUGAAAACGGGCGAGGCGGUUUGGAAUCGAGCGAAAUGGAAGCAGCCACGUGGUAUACCAAAGCUGCCGAUCAAGGUCAUACCGGAGCUGAGUCCUGUCUAGGGCGUCUCUUCAUUAUUGGAACACAACUUCAGCACGACACCGCCAAAGCUGUUCACUUUCUGCAGCGUGCAGCUGCCAAGAGCGAUUCGAGCGCCCAGACACGAUUAGGAUUGCUGUACACAACAGGAAAUGGUGUCAAGCAAGAUCUUGAGCGCGGAGUGGCGUUUCUGCAAAGCGCUGCAGAGGCUGGCAGUAGCGUCGCCAUGACGCGACUAGCAAGUUUGCUGCUGCUUCACAAGCCACAAGAAAACGGAGCUUGGGCUGAGCCGGUAUCAUUCAGUCAAUUUCAAGACCGCAAUGAGUCCCACGACGAAGCUUUGCGUUUACUCUUAAACGCUGGUAAAGGUGGACACACUGAUGCUUACUAUGCACUAGGCAAGUCACUCGAGACGUCGUCGCAACUUCAAGACCAAUCUGCCGCUCUUCGCUUCUACACGAAAGCUGCCACAGCUACAGUGCCCCAUAUCAAAGCUGCUAAGCGUGUAGCCUCUAUGUAUUACUCGGCCAUUGGUUGCAAAGCCGAUAAGUGCGAAGCACAUCGAUUUUACACGAUCGCAGCAAAUGCUGGUGACGCGGAAGCCUUGAACGCCCUCGGAUUAAUGUACGAGGAAGGUGACGGCUGUGACCUUAAUUAUAGAAAAGCGGUCGAGUGUUACCGGAACGCUGCAAAUUCAAAUAGUCCACACGCCCAUUUCAAUUUGGGAUGCCUCCUUUCACAUGGCAAAGGCGUCACACGCAACGUUGAUGCUGCACAAGUGCAUUUUCGAACGGCUAUGGAACUUGGCUUCUCACUGGCACAGCAGUUUGUGACGAACGAAAUACAGUGA